AUGAUAGAGGAGCAUCAUCCCAUACCAAUGGGCAUGUUUCCUUUAGAUAUUAAACCAUGUCAGGCGACAGUAACACAACAGCACAUCUUGCUACAUCAUCACCAACAUCAGCAACAGCAUCAAAGUACAUACAGCAACUCUUUAAUGACCAUGAACGGAAAUGAAAGAAUGUUAACAACAUCUACAACAAAUAUUUCCGCCUCAAACAAUAAUACAGCUACAAGUGCUUCUAGCAACAGUAGCAGCAACAAGAGCACCUCUUCACCAAUAACGCCUCAACAAACGACAACAGUAAAUUCCACUCAAUUGUCUGCAACACAAGUCAAUGGCAGCAAUGGUAGUCAAUGUCUCUCAUCCACGAAUGGUCAUGCUAAUAGCAACGGCAGCAGUAGUUGUGGAAAUGGCAGUGCCACUAAUAACAACAGUAACAACAGCAACAGCAGUCAUGGUAGUAUUAGUCAGGAAACACUUAAUGACAAUAUGACAACAAACAACAGCAACACAACAACAGCAGCAGCAGCACUAGCAAUGCCGACAAGUACAUCAAGUAACGGACAACAACAGCAGCAGUCAUUGACAGGAACGACACUUGUCAACGGAAGUUGUAACAACCACAAUGGCAACUGUAGUCAAACAACUACAAACAACAAUAGUAAUACGGCAUGUGAUAACAAAUCAUCAACAAAUCCUUGUGGACCAGGACCACCAUCAAUGCAACAACAACAACUGCUACAGCAACAGCAUCAUCAUCAACUUCAAUUGUCUUUACAUCAACAACACCAACAAGCCUUAAAUAUUUUGCAAUGUUCAGCCAACCGUUUGACAUUAACCGAAUGCAAUUUGAAUAGUAACAACAUUAACAACAAUAACAACAGCAACAGCAAUAACAUAAACAAUUGCCACAACAAUAGCAACAACAACAACAACAAUAACAGUAACAGCAAUCAACAUGCAAUUGAAACAGCUUUAGCUUUACAACAGCACUUGUUACAGCAACAAUUGAAUACAGCUGCUGCUGCUGCCUCAGGCAUUCCCUGUUCCCAUUCGCAUUCCCACUCACAUCCUCAUCCCCAUCACCAUUCACAUCCUUCCACACACAUCAUUGAUUCUCUGUGUCCAUUGUCGGCUUCAGCAUUGUCAUCGUUGCCAUUGUCAUUGUCUUCGAAUGCCUGCUCAACACCAUCAUCCGUGUCUAACACCUCAAUGUCCUCAUCGCUGGCCUGUGGUUAUUGUUGCCAACCAAUUUGUGAUCGUUAUAUAAUGCGUGUCGUUGACACUUCAUUCCACGAGAGCUGCCUUAAGUGUGCAACAUGUUCGUUGCAUUUGGUGCAUUCCUGUUUCGCCCGCGAUGGCAAACUCUACUGUCGCAUCGACUACGAAAGACUUUUUUUACGAAAUCGUUGCCUUGGUUGCGGUCAUAAAAUUGCUGCCGAUGAGCUGGUGAUGAGGACACUUGAAAAUGUUUUCCAUUUGAAAUGUUUUGCGUGUGUUGUGUGCGGUGCCAUCCUUAAGAAGGGCGAACAGUAUGUUGUAAAGCAGGGCCAAUUGUUUUGUCGUUUCGAUUACGAGAAAGAAGUGGAGAUGUUGCAAGGAUACGAUUUCUAUGGUGAUGAUUUGUUUGCGCCAAAGCUGGAUGGUCGUAGAGGGCCCAAGAGACCGCGCACCAUAUUAAACACACAACAGAGAAGAGCUUUCAAGGCAUCAUUUGAAGUAUCGCCUAAACCUUGCCGUAAAGUCAGAGAGAAUCUAGCCAAGGAAACAGGAUUAAGUUUAAGGAUUGUACAGGUUUGGUUUCAAAAUCAAAGAGCCAAAGUGAAGAAAAUACAAAAGAAAGCCAAGCAGGAGGGCCAUACUAAAGGCAACAGCGAUUCACAGGACUCACAAGAGUCCGACAACAGCAACAUGACAAAGAUAAAGGAUGAGGCACAAAGUGAUAAUGAGUCUUUAAUGGAUUCACCAUUUUCCACAGCAAAUACCGCGGAUACCAUGGCCAAACUAAGGAAUUGUAUUAAAGAUGAAAAUGAAAAUGCUCCCUUUAAUUGCAUAGAAACUAAUAAAGAGAACUGCAAUAAAACCAAUGAACCCAUUUUGAAUACCAUCUUGGGUCUGAGCUAUUCCACAUUCCAGCAAUUAAUGGGGCCUUUUUCACAAACUCCCAUGAUCAAUCCCAUUGAUCGUUUGUACAGCAUGCAAAAUUCCUAUUUUCGACCUGAAGAAUUGGCUUACAGUGAUGCCGGUGGUGGAGUUGGAGGAGGUGGUGGUGGUGGUGUUGGGAGUGUUAUGGGUAGUUUAGCGAAUAAAGAUAUUAAUGAUAAUUAA